AUGGCAGAUGGGGCUCAGGCCAACCCCAAAGAGUUCAGGAAGAAGGGGCUGGUUAGACACCCCUCUGGGUGGAGGGGCCCGAGCCUCAGGGCCUCUUCUCCUUUGAGAAACUCCAGGUCUUACCUGGGGAUGAAGAAGUUCAUCACCAUCGCCAUCCUGGCCAGCAGUGUCCUGCCCGCGGCCCACAGCAGCCUGCUCAACCUCAAGUCCAUGGUGGAAGCCAACACAGGGAGGAACGCCAUCUUGUCCUUCGUGGGCUACGGCUGCUACUGCGGGUGGGUGGGGGGGCACGGCCUGCCCAUGGAUGAGGCGGACUGGUGCUGCCAUGCCCACGACUGCUGCUACCAGAAGUUCUUUGACCUGGGCUGCCACACCUGUGUGGACCACUAUGACUACACCAUCGAGAACAUCACUAACAUUGUCUGCAGCGUGGUCCUGUGCUUCCAGAAGCAGACGUACAGGGAGGAGCACGGCACCUACCUCAACAUCUACCGCUGGAGCCCCACGCCCAACUGCAGCAUCUACGGGCCCCGCCCCCACCCCUCCCUAGCGCCCUCUGGGGGCUGA